AAUUACAAAAUCCCGUUCUUCUCUUUGAAGUUUCAGGCUCAUUCUUCUCAAACAUUCUGAAAAAGGGUUUCAUGGAUGCCACGAGAGGGCGAGAAUCCACGGGGUUACUCGACGAGAUCCUCCCUCCACGCCUCGAAGACGCGGGUCUUGAGGAUUGCGCUCUUCCGCCGGAUUCCAUACACGAGGCCUUCCUCAAAGCUGCCUCCGCCGUCAAUUCACGUUCCGAUACCCUCUACCAUUCCGAUGAUGAAGUUGAAGCCGGAUUCGUAGACGGCGAUCCAUUCCCUAACGCAGUGGUGGUUGUAGGGUCUUCCCACCCUCCCUCGGACUCGGAGGAAGCGAACGAAAGGGUGGUUCUGGGUGGAGAACCGGUGGUCGGAAAGGGUUGUCUAGAUGAUGAACUGAAGUGUUUGAAGAUCGAAGAGAAAGAGACAAAAGAAGAAUAAAAAUCAAGAGGAUGAUGAGAGGAGAAAGGAAAACCCAAUUAUGGGCCAAGUUUUUUGUGUGUAAGAUCCUUCUUGAUGCUUAAUCUAGCUCCUGUGUUUGUACAAUUUUUCCCGAAUAGUUUAGAUCUAGCUGGUGUCUGCAUUAGCUUAAAGCCAUGGAAAUCUACGCAAACAAU